AGUUGAGUUGGAUUGAACUGGCUGGCCUUGUCUUUACGAGAGGCGCCAUCAUGACCGGGGUCGGGGUUAGGGUCGUGACAUCCUUAUAAUCCAUUCUUACUUGGAAAAUUCAAUUGUCACAUAAAUGUGGAAAUUUGUUCAGAUAUUAAAGCUGUUAAAUAUAUUUUUAAAUAUAUUUGCAAAGGACAUGAUAAAACUGUAUUUCAUAUACACGACAAUGGCGCACAUGUUAAAGUAGAUGAAAUAAAAGAAUAUCAAUCUGCUCGAUGAGUAUCACCACCUGAAGCUACAUGGCGUUUAUUUGGUUUCCCUAUUAAUGAAAUGACACCAAUUGUUUAUCAUUUGCAAUUACAUCUUGAAGGACAACAAUUUGUUUCCUUUAGGAGUGCUUCAAGUGUAAACUCAAUUAUGAAUAAUCCUUUGGUUAGAAAAACAAUGUUAACAAAAUUUUUUGAUAUGAACAAAACAAAUAAAGAUGCAAUAAAGCUCAAUCUACUAUAUAAAGAAUUUUCACAAUAUUUUGUAUGGUCAGUACGAUAUAAAAUGUGGACACGUCGAAUAAAGGGUAAUGUCAUUGGAUGUGUUGUAACAUGUCAUCCAACGAAAAGUGAAAGAUAUUAUUUGAGAUUAUUAUUAAUGAAUAUAAGAGGAUCAAAAUCAUAUGGAGACCUAUUAACUGUAAAUGAAGUACGUUGCAAUACAUUUAGAGAAUCUGCUCAAGAGGACUACUUCAUUGUGACAAUAAUUUAGCUGAAUGUAUGGUAGAAGCUGAGAGUUAUCAAAUACCAUACAUCUUGAGACAUUUGUUUGCUACAUUAUUAGUGUAUUGUGAUCCUGCUAAUCCAAGAGAAUUAUGGGAGAAAUUCGAGAACUCUGUGUGUGAAGACUUCAAAACUUUACCAGACAUCGAAACAAAAAGUGUUCGAUAUAAAGUUUUAGACUGUCUCAAUGACAUCUUGCAUUCAAUGGGACAUAACAUUAAUGAGCAUAAUUUAUCCCUGAAAAUUUCAAGGCUUCAAAGGCUGCCAAAAGCAAGAGAAAUAUUCUUUGAAAGAAACAUAAUCGUUACUGAAGAAGAGCUAUUAUUGCGACAAAAGUUGAACAUGAAUUACAGAUAGCAUACAAUGUGAUUAUAGACAGAAUAUCUUCGAACAGAGCAGGAGUUUUUUUUGUUGACGGUCCGAAAGGAACAAGUAAAACUUUUUUAUAGUGUGCCUUAUUAGCUACCGUACGAUCUAAAGGAUUUAUUGCUCUAGCAACAACAACCUCUAGAGUUGCGGCUUCGAUUCUUCCAGGUGACCGUACAGCUCAUUCGCGUUUUAAAAUUCCCAUUGACAUUGAUGAAAACUUUAGUUUCAAUAUUAGAAAACAAAGUUCGCUUGCCUGUUUGAUUCGAGAUGCAAAAUUAAUUGUAUGGGAUGAAGUAUCAAUGGCAAAAAAGAAAAUAAUUGAAACUUUUGAUCUACUUUUGAAAGAUCUCUUGAAUAAUAAUGUGCUUUUUGGUGGUACAGUUGUUGUCUUUGGUGGUGAUUUUAAACAAACUCUACCAGUAGUUCGAAACGGAAAAAAAAAAGAUUUUAUUCAUGAGAGUUUAUUAUAUUAUGAUAUUUGGCCCCGACUUGAGAAAUUGCAAUUGUCAGAAAACAUGCGUGCGAAAACUGAUCCUGUCUUUUGUGAAUAUUUGAUGAGAAUAGGAAAUGGAAAAGAACCUCUUAGUUCUGAAAACAAAAUUGAAAUUCCAAAUUCAUUUAUUGUCCCUUAUACUACUGAACAGGAAUCUUUGAAUGUAUUAUUUGAAAUAACAUUUCCUAAUAUGCAUGAUUUCUUCUGUGAUGCAUCUUCUAUGACUUCUCGUGUUAUUUUGACGAAAGAUGAUUUUGUGGAUGAAAUAAAUGAUAUGCUUAUAGGCAAAUUUCCAAAAGAAGAUAAAACAUUUGUUGCAAUUGAUGAAAUAUGUGAAUCGAAUGAUCAAAGUCAGUAUGAAGAUUUUUUGCAUUCUUUAAAUCCUGCUGGUUUACCUCCUUACAGAUUAACUUUGAAAGAAAAUUGUCCAAUUAUAUUACUACGAAAUUUGAAUCCUUGUGAAGGUUUAUGCAAUGGCACAAGAUUGACAUGUUGUGAUUUUAAAACACAUGUUAUAAGUGCAAAAAUUGUAAGCGGUGACUUUAAAAAUACACAUGUGUUCAUUCCGAGAAUACCAUUGAUGUCAUCACAGACUUUGUUUUGCUAUGACUAUAAAUAUAGCACAAGGUCAAACAUUAGAUUUUGUUGGAAUAUAUUUACGAGAACAAGUGUUUUCACAUGGUCAACUUUAUGUUGCAUUGUAGAGAGCAAAAGCUUCCAAUUGUGUCAAGUUAUUAAUUCGACCCCCAAACCCAGAUAGUGAUGACGAUCAUUCUACAUAUAACAUAAACAUAGUUUAUGAUGAAAUCAUUCAAAAGGCUUCUUGUGAAUCUUUCACACGUUACAGAGUUGGACAUAAUGUUUUAGCACAAGAAUACAGAUCUUGUUUGUGGCACAUGUACUUCGGAAUUCCCAAAAUAAGGUCGACGCACACAGGUAAAGCAUAUUUAGCAGUUUCUACAUAUGAUGAUGAAAUGUAACUUGCUGUUAUACACAAGUUUUUCAAAUAGACUAUACAUCGACGUUUUCUUCUCAUAUAUGCAUUGUUUUCAAACUGCAUCCAAUUAGGUUGCUUGGAGCAAUGAGGUUGCUUCGUCAGAAUUAUUUUUCACUCUGUUGUUUGAUUUUUGAAUUUUACUAUGAACUAUUAUCUUAAAUAUGUAAUGUAUAAUAUAAAUUUCUUCUCCAAAUUAUAAUUAAGCUUGCAUUCAUACUCACAUUAUGUAUCAUUUAUCCACGUCCCAAAAUCAAGUCUUACCAUUCAAUGUGAUCAAAUGCAAAUAGCUCAACUUGAAGAAGCACGGAAUUUCGUGUUUCUUUAUACUUAAAUGUGACUACGUUGACCUAUCAUUUUACAUAUAAAACUUGUAACAAGCAGAUUACUCAAAAUGUUAUUUUCUUAGGGUCCUCAUGAUUGUGUUGGGAGUGAAAAAGCAAGUUGCUUUUAUUGUUUGCUCUGGAUAGCAUCAUAAAGGUACAUCAUGUUCCAUUCUCUCUUAAUUAUAGCGUAGAUUAAUCAAUUUAAUAAGAUCGCAAACGGUACAGUGUUAUCUCCAAAUAUCUAAUACAUGACCUCUGAUAAUAUUAUUAACGAGUGGCUUUAUAUCAUUUUGUGAGACAUCUUUGUCAAUGUAACUGAAAAAGGAAAAAUUCUCCGUGCUUACAAGGUAAAGAAUCAUAACUCCAAUUGGUGGAACAAUAGAAUUCUCUGUGAAAAUAUGAAUUAUUUUAUCUCUGAUGUCUAGAUAUGGUAGUUGACCAUGUCCUGCUGUUAUCUACUUUUGGACUACUGCUAGCACAUUUUUCUCAUUUACCAGUUAUAUUCUUCUGAUGUAUUUCUCCUCUUUGAUCACUUCUGUUAUGGCAUUCGCACCAUUCUUGAUUUUUUCUAUGUUUCAGCCCUCCUUUGAGUACCUCACAAUGCCAUCUUGACCAUUAUUGGAUCUUGUUAUGCUUUUGAUUACUAAUUUUAUCUUUCUAAGUUUCUUCUUGGUAGAACAUCAAAAGUUUACCCUGUUAUCUGUUUCCUUAAGCAAUCCUUAUUUCAGUAUUACAUUUUUAUCCUUUCAUUAUAUCUUCAUAUGUCAUCUUAGGCUUGGUGGUAAUGCACAACAUUUGUAGCUUAUGCACUGAUAAGUUUUUCAUAAUAAAACUCUCGAAUGCAUGUUAUUCCAAGACCGAAAGGGAAAAUUGAAUUACUGUGAUUAUUUUGUUAAAGUUGUGUAUUAUUAAUAAAGUCAUUCAUAUAUAGCUUGUCAAUUUUCAGUUUUGAUGGUAUAGUUACUACUCUUUGCUAGAGCAGACUUUCACUGAAUAACAAUAAGGUUACGUUUUUCGUUGCUGGAGUAGUAGACUUGCUCAAUAGCUGUCUUUUUCCAUUCUUAUAUGAGGACAGUCGACACACGAAAGUUAAUAAAUCGUUAACACUGGAAGAUAAACUUAGACGUCACUCGAGAUGGUUGGCAUGUCUUGUGUGAACCUCCAAAUUGUAUUGCUGAAUUUCUCGGCUUUCUUAUUUUCCUGCUUUUUGAAAUAGUUGUUGCGUAGAAAUUGUUUGAAUUGGGUUGCCGCCGUUUUACUACAGCUUAAAAUUUUCAUUUUCUACCAGAAAUAAUCUCUGGAAAUAAAUUUAGUAUUCGAAUGUUGUGUUUACUAGCCAUAGUUCAGCUAAUAAGCUUCUUCAUUAUUGCCAAUGAUUCAAUAGCAAUUUCUGCAAUGCAGAGGAUGUGAUGGUGUUUGUUUCUAAAGGUGUUUGAAUAUUUUUGUUUUUGAAAUUCUUUACUUUAUUAAAAAGAUUUUAAGCUUUUACGAUAUUGAAAUAAGAUGCCAUCUACCCCUCCCAACUGAAAAGACUAACUUUGUGAAUUCCUUUUCAAAUAGUUUGAGAGUUUUUUUUUCUUGACAAAGGUUUAAAAGAAAUAUGGUGUUAAAUAGUACAGUGAAAAACAGGCUAUAACUUAUUAGGUUAAACUUACGGAGCUCUUAUUCCCAGUUAAUUUGCCUGACCAAAAAUUCCUUGAAAUUAUAUGUCUUUGCUCUUUAUGCUUCGCUUAUAGUUAUAAGAUAAGUUUUGGUUUCUUCUUUUCCUAAUUUUCGGAAUUUCUGCUGGCUAGAAAUUAUUCAAAUUGGAUAAAUAUUUGGUUGCAAAUGUUUGUGAAAUUAUAUACAAUUUUAUCUUCACUGGCCUUGCUACAUAAGCUCUGUGAAUUUCUUACUGUAAGAACCUUAUGAAUUUUAGGUUGGAGCAAAUGGUUAACUGACUAUUCAUAUUAGUAUUUACCUUUAAGUUUUUCCUUAGUUUUUAUUGUAGAAAAAAGUUAAAGAACAUCUGAAAAUUGUCCUACAAAUGCCUAUCAACAAUUAUAUGUGACAAAAAGGAUAUUCAUUUAGUAGUGGCUUCUCAAUCAUUUUUGACUAAAAUACUGUAUCCACUCUAGCUGUUUUUGUUAUAUGUUUUCAUUUCUGUAUUUUCUGUCCUGAUUGAGGCUCAUGGUAUAUUUUUUAUUUUCUCCAACUUUUCUUACCAUCAAGCUUUUUGGAACAUUUUUACUCUUGAAAUCAGUAUAGGAAAGCGGAUAUUGAAUGUAUUGUUUAUACUUGAAACUACAUAUUUUGAAGUCUUAUUUUUCGCUCAUACUGAAUCUAUUGUUUAUACUAUUAGGCCAAGAGACACAACCCAAGUUCAAUGAAGCUCGCGUAAAAACUUUGGCAUCUGCGACUACUUUUGGUAACUAGAGUCGUAGAGUAGUAGUUAUGCUUCUGCUUAAACCAUAUUUUAACACAGUUGUUCGCUGCAGUACAAUAUCUCACAUCUUGUGUAGAUAACUAUGCAGUAACAUGAAUGUUGGAAAAACUUGUUUCACUUACAAGCAUGUUGUGGCAUAUUGUAUAUAGUUUCUACCAUCUCCUGCGAGAAAGACGCAUGACGUUCCAUUACUAUUUUAUCAGGUGUGGAAUUGCUUCCCAUGUUGCUCCUUUUUACGGCUGCUUCCUUCCAGAAACAAAGAAGAAGAGGCUCCCAAAUUGGCUAGCUCAUACUUCGUGUCUGGGAUUAAUUGAAAUUGGUAUACAUUUUUGCUACUCAUAGAUCUCACUUAUUGAGGGAAUAAGAUCAGCUUAUUGUCUCGAGUGUAAGGCAAAAAGAUUAAGAGCAUGAAAACUAUUAGGGACAGACACCCACAUUGUAUAUAUUUUUUAUUUGUUUCAUUUUAGUUUGGCUUUUGAUGGAUUUUAUUCAAAUUUGAAUGUGACUACAAGUAGCCAUCAAAGUCAUAAUUCUAUCGUCAUAGACAAAACUAACACAGCAUAACUAUAUGCAAAGGUGCGUCACAUUUGAAAAUAAUGUUAAAAUAACACUUAAUAUUUUUUGGGCCCGGGCUAACCUAGUUAUCAUAUAAGCUGUAACAGUGUCUGACAAUCAAAUUUUUAUACAUUA